AGCCGAACAGCCAGAGGAGCGGAUGGACGGACGGAGCCAGCAUCUUCUUGGUGGCUUGUGGCUCCGCAGCCUUGCUGAGGCUCUAUCCAUCCCGGGAGGGACGAGAGGAUGUGAUGCUCAGAGAUUAUGCUGUAGAUUAAGGUUUUACUGAAUCCUGAGAUGAGUGCAAAUUCCCAGAAGCUCUAACGUGCGGCCAAAUCUGCGGCUGCUCAGCUGGAUGGGGGAAGAGACAUUUCCCGUCCCGUCCUUCCCAUGUGCAGGAAAGACGGAACCCAAAUAUUCAGCCCAGCUUGUCUGCUAAGAGCUUUCAGGUAAGGACAGUGUUGUUUUGGAAUGGGAAGAUGGGGAGACAUGUUUCGUAAUGACUUUGCAGACAUAAAGCUCUGGAGGAUCCAUCUUUUCUGCUCUGAGAUGUGCUCGGGGUCCCCCCAGGUGGCAGAGGGUCUGACUGCACAGCAUCCCCAGACCAGGGGUAUGGUACCCAUCUGCGUGCGAGGGUAAACGCUGCCGGACUUGAGGGCAUCCCUGCAGCCUUGCUGGUGUGGUCAGCGUGCAAGGGGAGAGAUGUGCGAGCACUGACCUGGCACUGGCUCCUGCCUGUGACCCUAAGUGGGUCCCAGGGUCUGGAGUUCCCCGUGGACUCACACUGCUGCCAGUUGUAGCAGUGCUGACAGAUGGUCCUCCUGCAGCAGUGGGACCCCCAGCAGAAAAAAUCAACCCUGGGGCUGCAUCAUGUCUCAGGGCGAGGGUCCUUCCAGCCUGGAGCAUUGCGUGGAUACGCUUUGCCGGACUGUGCAAAGAGCUCAAGUGCAGAAGGGUGAUUUUUUUCACACCGAUUCCUGAACCACGUGAAAUUUUAACGCCGAGUUGGUGGAAGGAGGGAGGUUUCCUGCAGUUAGGCGGCCGGGGGUUGUGUGCGUGCAGCCGAAAGGGCGGUAGGUGCUUUCUCCCCGAACAAAAGGGCGCUUGUCUUGCGACGGGCAAGAGGAGGGUUCUUUUUCCAGUGAGGGUGUGUGACAGCGAGGGAGGGGACGGCGGCACUGAUGUGGCACCGGGUUAGGUGAGGGAGCACCUCUGCUGCUUGCGGGAUGAGCAGGCGCUUCCUCCUCUGCCCCGGGGAAUCCCAGGGGGGUGCGGGGCCGAGGCGUGACGUGGCAGCUGCUGAGGUAAGUCUGGCUGCACCUACACCGGAGAACCAUCCCGGAGGUUUUUCUGCUGGUCCUGCCUUCGGCUUCCCAGCCUCGCCGCUGGAGACGAUGAUUCCCAUGCAGCAGGGACGCCGAGCUCAGCCUGCUCAGACAUGAACACCUCCGUGCCCGGCAGCCAGCUGAGACAGCCGGAGCCCCAGGACGCAGCUGCCUUCACUCCUAUCUCCGUUGUCAGGACUGUGACAAAGAAAUCCGAUGCCCUGCCCAUGAUCUCCGUGAUCGUCGUCAUCUUCGUCCUCUUGGCCGUCUUCAUCAUCAUUGUGGUGCACUACGGCCCUCACCUCCGCACCGUCCAGAUCACCCUUUACCAUGAGCCCAUGCCGCAGGACCUGGACGAUGGAGUGUACCUCACGGACUGGAAGAAGCUGGGCUCCCAGAAGAAGCUGCCUGCCCAGCCCUGCCAGCAGGAGCCAGGUGGCACGGACGCAGCCGGCAUGAGCUGCCAGUGCUCCUGCAAGCAUCACCUUCCCUGCGAGAGCGCUGAGCCCAACAUCAUCGAGAUCACGUACCUGUGACAAGGCUGUGGGCCACCUGGGCAGGACUCGAGGGACCACGACCCGCUGGAAAAAUAGUGACUGGGAUGUUAGCUUAGCCCAAGACUCACUGGUUCCAGCAUGUGGAGAUUUUAGCUCCCUGGGAUUGUGUCUCUCCCCAGGUAGGCUCAGACAGAAGGUUGGGUCACUGCAGUGACCCAUCAUCAGGCCCCAAAAGUCCAGCCCAGGGAGACCACUGUCCCCAGGCAAGAGCUGGGUCCCCAGCCCAGACUCUGGGGCUGGGUAAGCCUACGUGGGACAGCGUUAGCAUCUCUUCUGGUUUUUUCUGUCCCACACUGUCUGGGAGUGCGCAGGAGAGCCAUCUGGUCCUUGCCCCAGCUGAGGAGCUCUGGGCGUAUGCUCGGCCCCUUGGCAGGAGCUGGAAUUUACAUCAUCUGGGAUCGCUUUCCAGAUUAAAGGUGUUUCCACAUGCACAGUGUCCUCACUAUGCCAUUUAUAUGGCACAGAAAAGCCUCCAGCCCCUCUUUUCCUCCAUGCCACAGCCCCUUUCCCUCCAUCGGAGGGCUGAAACACCAUCCUCCCUCUGCCAGCCCCGGCAGUGGGGUCAGCCGGUUGUGGCAAACAGCCAGAGGAAAGGAGGCAGCACCCGAACCCGUGUUGGUGCUUGAGUGGUGGAGCCAGCGGCAGAGGACAACGUGUCUGGUCACCCAGUGGAGGUGGGUGGGAGAAGAGAGGUGACACGGCAGAGGCAGGAGAGGUGAUAACGGCACAUCAGCCACCCAUUGCAGUUGGCUGAACAUCUCCAAGUGUUGGCACUGGUGGAGAAACGCAUGCAUCUUUGGGCAGAGCCUGCAGCAUCUCCAUGCACAAUGGCAGGGAUGGGGAGACCUGAGGUCACCUUCAUUGUCCCCAUCGCUGUCUGCUGUCCCUGUGCCAAGGGAAGCUCUACCUGGGGACCUGGGGACUUGGGCGAUUUCAGCAUUGGAAGCAGCAGGGCACGUCCCAGCUGAGGAGGGAGCGGUGGUGGUGUCAGCAUAGCCAACCCUGUUGGGAUGGAUGUUGAUGUGGCUCGGUCACCCUGGGCAGAAGCUCGUUGAGGUGGCACAGAGGGAGCAGACGGAGGGGUGAAACAUCAUCGUGAGCCCUGUAAGGCUCCUGGUGAUAGCAGACCAUGGUGACCUUCUCCACCCUGGGAGUCCUGCUGCUGCUGGAGUGCUGGGCAUCUCUUUGGAGAAGAAAUUGGUGGCAAGCGCUUCUCCUCACUCGGUGGAAGCUGGACAUCAAAGCCUGUCUUAAGUGCAUGGGCUCAGAGGACAAUCCCUGGGGGAGGAGCGCAGCCUCUGGGAUCACCCUCAAGGAUUUAUUCUGCUGAAUAGUCUUCAGAUUCAAAAUACGGUUCCUGCCUCUCCUCUCCCCAUCCCAGAACAGAAAAGCCAGAUCCGUGUCCAUCCUAAGCUGCAUCCCCAGCACAGAUCCCUCUGUGCACUGUUGGACAAGAAAUGGGGUCUUUUACCUGUUCCUCUGGGUGCUGGAGUUACUUCUGACAUGGCAGAUGCUCCAGCAUCCUUCCUCUCACUUAUUUCCAGCUUCUUUUCUCACUUACUUUAAAGCUAAGUAGUGGUUGGACAUGCUGGAAAAUUUUUGUCUUUACAAUAAACAUAAUUUAUAUUA